GGGAGAGGGAGGGAAGGAAGGCAGGCAGCUUCCUCUCCUCCUACUCUUCUGAGGCAAGCCCUGCUCAUGGCGACGCUGGGCACAUCCGGGCAUUUCUCCCUUCGGCGGCGAUUGCCGCUGCCGCCGCUGUUGCUGCUUGCCUCUGCUGCUGCUGCUGCUUCUUCCCUGAGCCGCCUCCAUUAGCCUGCCUUCCCUCCUCCUCCGCCUUCUCCUUCUCCGCGGGGUCAUGUCCAACCCCGGGGCCCGGAGGAACGGGCCCGUCAAGCUGCGACUGACAGUUCUCUGCGCAAAAAAUUUGGUCAAAAAGGAUUUUUUCCGGCUUCCUGACCCAUUUGCUAAAGUGGUGGUUGACGGAUCUGGCCAGUGCCAUUCAACAGAUACUGUGAAGAAUACCCUUGAUCCAAAGUGGAAUCAGCAUUAUGACUUAUAUAUUGGGAAAUCAGACUCCAUAACAAUCAGCGUAUGGAACCACAAGAAAAUUCAUAAAAAGCAGGGUGCUGGUUUUUUGGGUUGUGUGAGACUGCUUUCCAAUGCUAUCAACCGCCUUAAAGACACUGGUUAUCAGAGGUUGGAUCUGUGCAAACUUGGGCCAAAUGACAAUGAUACUGUUAGAGGACAGAUAGUAGUAAGUCUUCAAUCUAGAGACAGGAUAGGCACAGGAGGGCAAGUUGUGGACUGCAGUAGACUAUUUGACAAUGAUUUACCUGAUGGUUGGGAAGAAAGAAGGACAGCUUCUGGAAGAAUUCAGUACUUAAAUCACAUUACACGAACAACACAGUGGGAACGACCAACACGGCCAGCCUCAGAAUAUUCCAGUCCUGGUCGACCCCUAAGUUGCUUUGUGGAUGAGAACACACCUGUCACAGGAAUCAAUGGUGCAACAUGUGGACAGACAUCUGAUCCAAGGCUAGCAGAGAGAAGAGUGAGAUCUCAGAGGCACAGGAACUACAUGAGCAGGACCCAUCUACAUACACCUCCAGAUUUACCUGAAGGAUAUGAGCAAAGGACAACUCAGCAAGGACAGGUGUAUUUCCUACAUACUCAGACUGGUGUAAGCACAUGGCAUGACCCCCGUGUACCUCGGGAUCUUAGCAACAUCAAUUGCGAAGAGCUUGGUCCUUUGCCUCCUGGAUGGGAGAUCCGAAAUACAGCAACAGGCAGAGUUUAUUUUGUUGACCAUAACAACAGAACAACGCAGUUUACGGAUCCACGGCUAUCAGCUAACUUGCACCUGGUUCUAAACCGUCAGAACCAACUUAAAGACCAACAGCAGCAGCACCAGCAGCAACAGGUAGUAUCAUUGUGCCAGCUUCCCGAUGAGGCCGAAUGUCUAACGGUACCAAGGUACAAGCGGGACUUAGUGCAAAAGCUUAAGAUUCUGAGGCAAGAGCUGUCUCAGCAGCAGCCCCAAGCUGGACACUGUCGCAUAGAAGUCUCCAGGGAAGAAAUCUUUGAGGAGUCUUACAGGCAAGUCAUGAAGAUGAGGCCUAAAGACCUAUGGAAGAGAUUAAUGAUAAAAUUUCGUGGGGAAGAAGGCCUCGAUUAUGGAGGAGUUGCCAGAGAAUGGCUCUAUUUGCUUUCCCAUGAAAUGCUGAAUCCAUAUUACGGCCUCUUCCAAUAUUCGCGUGACGAUAUCUAUACGCUUCAGAUAAAUCCAGAUUCGGCUGUUAACCCGGAACACUUGUCCUACUUUCACUUUGUGGGGCGGAUCAUGGGGAUGGCUGUGUUUCAUGGACAUUACAUUGACGGAGGCUUCACGUUGCCUUUUUAUAAGCAGUUGCUGGGAAAGCCAAUUACACUGGAUGACAUGGAAUUAGUUGACCCAGAUCUUCACAACAGCUUAGUAUGGAUACUUGAGAAUGAUAUUACAGGAGUCUUGGACCAUACGUUUUGUGUAGAACAUAAUGCUUAUGGUGAAAUUAUACAACAUGAACUUAAACCGAAUGGCAAAAGCAUUCCAGUCACAGAGGAUAAUAAAAAGGAAUAUGUCAGGCUUUAUGUAAACUGGCGAUUUUUACGAGGGAUUGAAGCUCAAUUUCUGGCUCUGCAGAAGGGAUUUAAUGAAGUAAUCCCACAACAUCUACUAAAGACGUUUGAUGAGAAAGAGCUAGAGCUCAUCAUUUGUGGCCUUGGGAAGAUAGACGUAAAUGACUGGAAGGCCAACACGAGGCUAAAGCACUGCACGCCGGAUAGCAAUAUUGUGAAAUGGUUCUGGAAAGCCGUGGAGCUCUUUGACGAAGAGAGGAGAGCCCGACUGCUGCAAUUUGUGACUGGGUCAUCCAGAGUGCCUCUGCAGGGCUUCAAGGCAUUGCAAGGUGCCACUGGCCCAAGAUUAUUUACAAUUCAUCAGAUUGAUGCUAGCACAAAUAACUUGCCAAAAGCUCAUACUUGCUUCAAUCGAAUAGACAUUCCUCCUUAUGAAAGCUACGAGAAGCUCUAUGAAAAGCUGCUAACCGCCAUUGAAGAAACUUGUGGGUUUGCUGUGGAAUGAACAUUUGCAGACUUACUUGGGAUUGUAUUUAUACACCACCAAGCAGAAAACCCUCCCUACAGCCAUGACACAGUCAAUGCUUGAAAUAUAGGAAACUUUCUUCCCCCCGUUUUUUUCUACUUUAGGACAAUAUGAGGGAAAAGGACAAUUUUUGGAAUUCGUCAUUCAACAAAAUGUCCUGUGGCUCCUGCCAAGGAAUCAUUCAGCUGCUAUUUUAAAAACUCAUAUCUUGAACAGAACAGAAUGCUGACUUCUUCUUCAUUUCAACAGUUAAGCAGUAUUCUUCUCUUUAAAAGACGACUACUAUUUUUGUAAAAAAAAAAGAAGCGAUCUGAUCUAUUUGCCUACCUGAUUUCUAUUCUUCCAGAUCCAAGAUACAGACGGUACAAGUCACGUUCCAGCCUAUUUACAUAAUUAUGUGAUGCUGAACAGCACCUAUAACCUGCUAUUUUUUUAAAUAAAAUAUUUUGAUUACUCUAAUUUUUUGCAUAAAUUGGCUAUACAAAUCAUAAACCUUUUAAAUUAAGGCCACUUAACAUAUAAACUGUGUUUUCUUAUAGUGGGUAAUUUUAUUCUGUGUUAUGAUGAUUUCAUCUUCAGUGUUCCUUCUCUUAAGAUUUUUUAUAUCUCUCAAGCUUGGAUGACAGGUUCACUUGCACUGCAUUUGGUACAGUAAUUUGUGGUAAAUGUGGAAAACCCUUUUUUUAAAAAAAAAGAAAAGAAAAAAAAAUAUAGGCAUUUAGCAUUUUUAAAUAACUUUUUUUGUAAAAAGAAAGUGAAUACUUGAGGUUUUUUUAAAAAAAAAUGCUUUCCAUUUUAAAUGGAAUUGCUGCAUUUUUUAAAACUCCUAAAUGUAUGUUGGUGAUCUCAGCAGUCUUCUUCCUGGCCAUCAAUUCAUCUUUCAAAAAUGCUCUAUGGAUGUCAUACCAACCAAAAGUCCUUUUGUUCGUCUGAAGUCCCUCUGUACUGCAUUGUGUUGAAUAAUCAUACCAGGUUAUAAAACAUCUGUUUUUCUAACUUUCUUGUCAUAUAUGGGGUUUGUUUUGGCUACAGUUAAGGGGAAAAUGGUGAUGCAAUGAACUCAGAGAAAUGCAGAAGCUUUGCUUUUCUGUGAUAUGCAAAAUAUAAUGUGAUGUGCUCUUGUUGGGACACAGAGUGGACAUGGCUAUUUUAAUGGAAGCUCUUAUUUGCAAAAUACUUAAAAUAUACAGGGCAUAUUCAUUAUAUACUCUUAAUGACUGCUAUGUGAGGAACUUUCUCUCAAGUCCCCAUGUAAUAGAUGUUGGACUUGUGCCUUAGGGAUACUUCACAUAUUAAGCUCUCUUUGUAAUUGUGUGUGCAUGUGUGUGGAUGCUGAAAACAAGCGUCACUUCUCUUGCACAAUUCGCUGCUGUGCUGGUGUACACUCAGGUUAAUGCGAAUAUUUUGCCAUAGUUUUAUGGAUCCCAUAUCCCAAUAUGGAGAAAGCAAUUGGAGCUGAUGUGUCUAACCUAAGGGCUGAAAUCUGGGCUCAUCAUACCCUUGAGCAAAUAUGCUGAAAUCAAUAGAACUUAGGUUGUCGAUGAUUUCUGUGAGUUUUCCAGGCUGUGUGACCAUAUUCCUGAAGCAUUAUGUCCUGACGUUUCACCCACAUCUAUAGCAGACAUCCUCACAAUCUCUGAGGAUGCCUGCCAUAGAUGUGAGCGAAAUGUCAGGAGAGAAUGCUUCUGGAACGUGGCCAAACAGCCUGGAAAACUCACAGCACCCAGAACUUAAGAUUGCUUGUAACGAACAUGCCCCAUUUAUUCAGUAGUUCUUCUAACAGGUAGGACUGAUUUUGGAUUUGGCCUGAUGGCUUUCUGAGCAAUGUUGGGAACUUUGAUAGCAUUCUCUUCCUCAUUUUUCCACUGAGAAGCAGGAAACAGAAAGCAUUGUUAGGCAGGCCAUAGCCACACAAUGUUAGUAGACCUCUAAAACCACCACUGCAGUCUCAGUGUUGAGAUAGGUUGGAAGCUAGUUUUUGGACACUUUAUCUGGCCUGAGACUUUAUCCUCAAUAACUGUCUAAUAUGUGGAAAAAGCAAGCAGGGCAAACAGUGUCUGACAGAGAGGCUCUUGCUUUUUCAGCUAGGACUCAGCUGUCGAUUCUGGAGACCUGAAAGUUGUGUGGCCCCUAACAAUUUCAUUGAAUCUGUGGCAGUAUUAGCUGUGAAGUGAAUCCUUUGAGACUCUUGCUUCUCUGUAGAGAGAUGUUUCUAUCCCAGUAUAUAUUCUUUCAACCACACACAUUGAACAACUGUAGCAAACCCAAUGGUGGGAGUAGGUGAUCUAUUUAUAUUGUGGAACGAUAGGAGUUAGCAGACUUGUCUCUUCUGUCCGUGGGCCGUAUCAGACGAAACUAAGGGUAGGGAAUGUGGAGGCUACACUUUCCCACUCCUAAAUAAUUUGGGAGAGGGAUUCUUUUGAUAAACUUAAAUGGUCACAAUACCCCUAGCUACUUUCAGUAUGUUUGAAUGGGCUUUCUUUAUUGUACGUUUGUUGUACAGGCUAAGUGGGAUCAAAAUAUUGAGCAAAAUAUUUCAGAUGUAAAAGUUGUUUUGGAAUUUUUUAAAAAACAGGUGUAAGAAGGUAUGACCCCAGCUUUGGGUAGUUGCCCCCCUUUGCUGAAAAGACAUUCAUGGUUGUAUAGAUCUCUGGCUGUUUUGGAGUGAAAACAUAGUCAUGAGAGAUCCUGCUAAGUUGCUAGACUGCCUGAUGUUUGAUGAUUCUUUCAAAGUAGCUCUGCGGUUAUCUGCUUCAACUGUUCCUUCAGGUACCCAGAAUACCAUUGCCUCAGUUCCUCCUUUCUUUACUUUCGAAUGAACCGGUGCAGUGCCGGUUUCCUUUCCUGCCAUUAACAUUCAGUGCAGGACAAGUGUGGGCAACUUGCAGCUUUCCAAAUGUUGGAACUUUCAUCAUCAAUAACCAUUGGUCAUCCUUGUUAGGACCGUAAACCAACAACAUCUGAAAAGCCACAACUUGUACAUUCCUGUGAAAUGCCUAAUGUAGAUUAUUAUUCUUCUGGUGUUCCCAAACAUGUUCUUCUGCACCUACCCAGCUAGUUGUGGGAUUUCUCAAGAAAGCAGGAUUUGUACAAAACCUAGCUUGCUAUGUACAUUUCCUUCAUUCAGCAGAAUUCUUACUUUAUUUAAGAUAACCUUACCCUUUCCAUUCUUUAAGGGUGUUGCCCCAGAUUACAGUCUUCAUGAAUGGCUUAGGCUUUGUUCAUACUACUGUAUUUCAAUAAUGGGAGACAGCUUAGUAACUCGAGAAGGAUAAAUGAGAAUUCAAAUACGGUGUUGACAGGCUUCAACAAAAGGGCUCAUUUCAAAUGGCUUGAGGAAGGCAAACUGACUCCAGUCCAAUAUCAAUAUUAGAGGUUCGGCAUCACCUCAUUGUGAACUUGCUUUAAUUUGUGUCCAGAGAUUCUUCUGUCUUUAUAGGGCUAGCUUUAUAAAUCAAAUACUAAGCAUUUCUGCAUAUUGCUUUGACUUACACUGAGCAGAGCGUUGCAAAUGAAAUAUCUGGUCUUUUGAGUGCCUUUGUAUCUGCGUUACUAUUAAGAGCUUUACAGCACACAAUCUAUUAGAAACAUCUCUGGACCCAUCAACUGUAGUGCGUUGAAACUUUGGCUUUUCACCUUAGAUUUAAAUGUGAAUAUUUAUUUCCAACAUGUCUUUUUUCCUACUUGGUUUCAUCAUUCAUUCUGAGUUUUGCAUUCAGUGGUUAAGAGACAUCGCCUCACAUUUCAUUACUUUCUUUCCAUUAAUGAAUGUGUUAAUGUGGAUAGUGAGUAUUUUGGUAGGGUUCUGUUAUGCAGUACUUAACUGCUUCAAAUUUAUUUUCUAGGUGUAAAGUUUUGUAAUGGUGCUUUGUACAGUAUGUAUUCUAUUUUUUUGCACAUAGCUUCAGUUUCCUUAAACUGAUUUUAUUUUUACCAAAUUUCUAUGUUGUACUAAAGUCCAGAGCACACAGUGAUUUUUUUGUCGUUUUUCUACAACACUACAUCUGUUAAACCUUUGGUGCAUUUAAACUGGCUGCAGUAAUGGAAGCAAGAGCUUUGCUCCUAUAUCGUACAUUUUAAUGUAGCAUGAGCCCAUUGCUUCAGACUUUAAACUACACCACACUUAACAGGUGCAAUUUGUACUUUAUACACUCUAUUUGUAGAUUUCCGUCUCUGCCAAAUUUUAAGAGCUUUGUCUAUAGCGAAAAUUAUUCCCAUCUUGGUAUGAUUUUUCCCUUUCACAGACUGACAGAUGUUUUUUAAGUUGCAUUUCUAUUGUAUUUAUUGCAGAGUGUUUUUAGUAUCAAUAUCUCUUGUAUCUUCACCAAGCUGUUACAUGAGCUUUAACAAUACAUCUGUAUAAAAUGUUUUUUUAAACUAUGUACCCAUGCAGAAGUCAAGCAAUAAAAUUUGUAUGCUGUUUGCACUGCCACAGCAUCAACCGUUUUAAAGAAA